AUGUGUAAAAGGAAAUAUAUUAUUCAGAUUUUUCUGCCUUUUAUCGUGAUCCUGUUCAUAAAGUUGCCACCGAUACAGGCAAGUUUUAAUCGUGAUCAAGCGUUGCUUCGGGCCAUUGACGAUGGCACACUGCUUAUUGAAGCAGCCCAGGAUCGAAACAUCACUUUGCGUCUAAUGGGAGAUGCUGCCUCAUUGCUGCUCAACGAAGUGGAUAUUGUUGCCUUGUUGCAGCGACGCCGACGUGCAGCCACCGCACAAUCAACAGCAACACACCGAGAGCCCUUGUCCCUGGAUGCACUCAAGGAGGAGUUUCGUGGUGUUCAACGCGAUCUCAAUCGACUCGUGCGUUGGCUGAGUAACAUGCACAAUGGCACUCGACGUAGUGGACUCAGUCAGCGCGUGCUACGACGGACUCUGCAACGUGUCCAGCUCGUGGGAAACACCUUAACAACGCUGGAAUCCAAUCUACGUCUCAACGAGUGUGCCUCUAAUCCCUGCAAGAAUGGCGGCACCUGUCAUGACGCCUAUAAGUCCUUCCAGUGCAUCUGUCCCAAGAACUGGCAAGGCGCCACUUGCGAAGAUGAUGUGAACGAGUGUUUCGACUUGGCUAGCACAGAUUUGGAUGUCUGCAUGAACGAUGCCCAGUGCAUCAAUACUCCUGGCAGCUAUCGCUGUGUGUGCCGCACUGGCUACUCGGGAGUUCAUUGUCGACUGCAUCACAACGCCUGCCUGAGCAAUCAGUCAGCGGAGCUGUGCGGCAGUCAUGGCACCUGCCUGUCCGCCAGCAAUGCAGCUGGCUAUGUGUGCAUCUGUGAUCAGGGCUGGACGUGGGCAGAUGCGAAUGUGACUCAGGCAAGCGCCAGUCCCUGCACACGGGAUGUGGACGAGUGUGCACCCGAUAUAAAUCCCUGCCACGAUGAGUGCAUCAAUUUGCCGGGCAGCUUUCGUUGUGCUGCCUGUCCGCCAGGCUACACUGGGGAUGGUAAGUACUGUCGGGAUAUCGAUGAGUGUCGAGAUGGCAACAAUGGCGGCUGCAGUCAGCGUCCGACGGUCAGCUGCAUCAACACCGAGGGUUCAUUUCGCUGUGGCCGCUGUCCCAUUGGCUGGACGGGUGAUGGGAGAAGCUGCUCGCCGACCAAGUCCAAUUCCUGCGACGGCGAACAGAUUUGCAACGAUCACGCCAAAUGCGAAUACAUCUCGGAGACGGUGGUUUGCAGCUGUCGAAUCGGUUACUAUGGUCAUGGCUAUGGCGCCGAUGGCUGCACCGAAGAUUCGGAUCGAAAGCCCUGCGACAAUCAUCGCUGCCAGAAUAAUGGCACCUGUGUACUGAGUGGCCGUGGCACCAGCUGCAUUUGCCAGCCGGGCUACAAGGGUGCCCUGUGCAUGGAGUCAGAUGCUUGCCAUCCGAAUCCCUGCCACAAUGGCGGCACCUGCCGCCUACUGCCACGAAAUGAGUUCAUGUGUGUUUGCCAAGCCGGCUACUCAGGCAGCAGCUGCUCUCAUCUACGCAGCUUCUGCGGCAUCUCGUUGCGCAACGAGACUGGCAGCGUACGCUUUCCACCCAGCGAGGACAGAACUCAGUUGGCAUAUGAACCGAAUGAGCGGUGUCCCUUCACCAUUGCCACUCGACAUGGAAUGAUCUUGAAUGUGACCUUUACCUUCUUUGAUCUGGAGAACAGCACCGAUUGCACUGCCGACUUUCUGCAGUUGCACGAUGGCAACUCCUUGUCUGCCCCACUUAUUGGACGCUUCUGUGGCCAGCAGUUGCCGCUCGGUAAUGGCACUGUUAUGACCACACAGUCGCAAUUGUUUCUCUGGUUUCUCUCGAACAAUGCCACGCAGGGACAUGGGUUUAAUCUAACCUGGAGCUCAAUGCCCAUGACAUGUGGCGAGGAACUCAUCCUGAAAAUGGGUCAGACGGGUGUGCUGCGCUCUCCCGGUUAUCCGGGCAAGGCACAACGCGGCAUAGACUGUCGCUGGAAAUUGUUGGCGCGCUUUGGCACACGUUUCCUGCUGCACUUUUAUGAGAUUACACUGGGUCCCUCUGAGAGUCGAACGCCGCAGUCAAGCAAUUGCAGUGAAGGAGAUUAUCUGAGCAUAUAUGAAACGAAUCGACAGCUAUAUCGGACCUGUCAAUCGGCUGAGCCAGCGCCUCUCUACAGCUCAGUGAAUCUCUUAAGCUUGCACUUCCACACAGAUUUGGUGCGCAUGGACAGCUCGUUCCAAGUGCAUUACGAGGUGAUUGCUGGGCAUCCCAAUUGCGGUGGCAUUUUUACUGAAGCGAGUGGUCUAAUAAUUGGCCACAUGAAUUCCUUCAUUUGUUUGUUCCUCGUGCAACAGCCAAAGGGCACCAGAAUCCAGCUCUUUUUCGAGCAACUCGAUUUCAUGGAUUGCCUGCUGCAGAGUGUUGAGGUAUUCGACGGGUCCAGCGUUGAUCAGCCGCUGCUAGGACGUUUCUGCAACAUGAUGCAAGCCAAUCAGCACUUUCUUUUAUCUAGCAGCAAUCUGAUUCUACUGCGUUAUGAAUAUCUGCUGGCAGGCUUCGAGCUGCCAAGUAAUUUUAAAGUGCGAUACACUCGAGUUUGCGGCGCUAAUAUAACAUCAAAUUCGGGAGAUUUAUCGACUCCAAACUAUCCGAAUGGAUACUUGGAGAACUUGGACUGCACAUACUAUAUAAAUAUUCCUGUACAAUAUAAGAUCCGACUUACAAUAAUCGAUCUAUCGAUUAGUGGGAAGGAAACAAUCUCUGCUGAGCAUCAGGAUGACGACGAAUCUAUAAAUUUUUCAAUUCAACCGAACUAUUUGGAUGUUUAUUUUUCUCGGAACUCAAGCGAUAAACAACGGUACACGCAAAAUCUGACCAAUGUUGUUUUGGUCUCCAAAAAUAACCAGAUGCGACUGCACUUCCAUGGAGUUAGCAAUCCUCAGCGUGCUCGUGGUCUUCGGUUUCAAUUCGAGGCAACCUCCGCGGAAUGUGGAGGCGUCUUUACUUCCCAAGCAGGACACCUACGAACUACGUGGGACGAGGAAAAUUACAGUUAUUUGAUAACAGCACUGUGGGGGAAGGGAAACUACUUCGAAAUUUCAAAGGGGGGACAACUAGAGCCAUUUGAACUGAGCGAAGACAUCGAUUCGAAUCUUCUGACAAUAAGAGCAUUUGGGGAACAAUUUAUCUCACAACUAAAUUUUGAUUACAAACCAGCUAAUGACAUGUGUGGCGGCACUUACUCAGCACGCUACGGUAUCAUUAAGAGUCCCAAUUGGCCAGAUAAAUAUGGUUCAUCUGAGAAUUGCACUUGGAUCAUUAGGGUGCCGUUCGGAGAACGCCUUGAGCUUAUUGUUCACAAUUUUACAACGGAAAGAACUUCGGAUCGCUGCACUGAUGACUAUGUGGAGAUCAGAAAUGGCGACCACGCGGAAGCACCGUUGAUAGGACGCUACUGUGGUUGGGAUAUUCCACCGCGACUGCCUUCCUAUGCAAAUGCGCUCUAUAUACACUUUCACUCUGAUGCAGUAAUGCAGGAAAGUGGCUUCCAUUUCAACUGGCAGAUCACAACCGUUGGAUGCGGCGGCAAGCUGACGUCAUCGUCAGGUUCUAUACACUCGCCACACAGCAUGUCGGGCAAUCGAGGUGCUCUGGCCUGCGAUUGGCAGAUCAGUGUGUCUGCUGGAUCAACGGUGGAUCUGCAGCUGCAGAGCCGUGACGAUCUGUGCAAUGGUCUCUUGUCCUUAUACGAUGGACCCACUGUUGGUAGUCCCAAACUGCCACUGAACUGCAGCAUUGUAGGAGAGAAAUUGGCAUUGCGAUCCAGAGGAAAUCAAGUGUUGGUGCGCUAUAAUGUGAAUGACGAAUCACCUGAAGGCAUGCAUUUUCUACUGGACUACACUACCAAUUGCAUUGUGCGCUUGGAGCAGCUGAGUGGCGCCAUUGAGACACCCAAUUUCCCCGAUAAAUAUGACACCAAUACCAAAUGCGAGUGGGACAUACGAGCUGGAGAGGCCAAGAGUCAUGUGCAGUUGGCUAUCUCCCACAUGAGCUUCGAAGCCGUUGAUCCCGAUUGUGCUUUUGACUACGUGCUGCUUCGCGACUAUCGGAACACUCAGCUCGUGAGCGAGCGACGUUUAUGCACCGCCACUCAAGAUGUCGUCACUAGUGUGGGUAAUCGACUGGUGUUGCAAUUCAAUAGUGAUGCAUCGAUCGGAUCACAGGGUUUCCAUGCCGAAUUCAAGCGUGUGGGCUGCGGCGAAGAGUUGCGCGCUGCCAGUGGCAAGAUUGAGACACCGAAUGCUCCAUUCAGUGUCGAUGAGGAUUGCAAGUGGCACAUCCUUGUGCCCGAAGGCUAUCAAAUCGAACUCUCCAUUGAGGAGUUGCACAUUGAGACACCGCAACACGAUUGCAGUCAGGAUACGCUGACCGUUUGGUCUGGCAGCAAUGCAUCUGAUGUCAUGCUGCGCAGUUGCCAAGUGGAGUUCACUGCUCAAAAAUUCUCCUCCCCAGCAAAUGAGCUGCAUAUCCGAUUCCGUAGCAGCACGCAACGUACUCGCAAAUACAUGAAAGCCACGUACACUCAAGUGCCAGCCAGGUGUGGAGGCACCAUUAGUGCGAGCAGCGGACUUAUUGCAUCUCCCAGCUAUUACCAGCAAGGCUUGGAUGUUUAUGAUAAGGAUAUCGAGUGCGUAUGGGUCGUAGAGGUUGAACAUCCCUAUACUACUAUUCAAUUCAGCUUCGAUGUUUUCAAUUUUACGACGAAUUCCGAGUUGUCUAGUCUGACAAUUUAUGGCUCUAAGCAUUUAAAGAAAGGAGAUUUAAUUAAGCCGGCAAAUUUCAGUAUUCAAUACAGUGGCAACGAACCUUCAGAGCCCCUAACAAUGGAGGGCACUGUUCAUGUGACAUUUAAAGCCAAAAAAGGUGCAUGGGGUAAGUUUGCGAUGCGGUUUCAACGAGGAUGCGGCGGUAAGAGAAUUGACCACGAGGGUUAUCUAAACUCUCGACUCGAUACAAAUUGCAUUUGGGAAAUUCAGUCAGAAAAUGGAACUAGAAUUUCACUUAACAUUAAUCAACUGGAGUGUCCAUGCACAUCACAAGGCGGCAAUUAUGGAUUAUGGAUAUACAACGAUGAGGAUGAUGUGCUUUAUUAUAAUCUAUGCAAAGAGCAUCCGAAUAGUUUGGUUAUCCCCACUAACGUGGCACGCAUUGAAGCAGUGGGCAUUGUGCUAGCAGCUCAAUUUAGCACCCUCGAUAAUUCCUGUGGAGGUACAAUUAAGUCCGCUCGCGGCACACUUAAUUCUCCCAACUAUCCGGACAGCUAUCCCUCAAAUGUGGAAUGCGAAUGGCAAACGAAUCUCCGUCCUGGCAAUGCCAUUGAACUAAGAUUCGAGGCAAUGGACAUUUUCAAGUCCGAACACUGCAAUUUCGAUUUCCUGGAAGUACGUGCUGGUAAGACGGGCUCCUUACUGGGUCUAUACUGUGACAAUGUGCUGCCUGUGGAGCCCCUGACUGUUAGCUCGGACGUCUGGGUGAAAUUCCGAAGUCAGUCUGGCAGCACUGGCAAAGGAUUCAAGUUACGCUGGAAUUAUGCUCACGUCAAUGAAUUUUCAAAUAUCACAAGUGGUAAGAUCGAAUCGCCACCAACGCUUGCGGUACGUGGCGAUGAGCAGCCUUACAUUUGGCGCAUCUUUGCGGAACUUGACUCGAUUAUCGUGAUUGACUUUAAGGAGUACAACACUGGACUGCAGCUGUUUGAUGGUUUUGAUGACACCGGAUUGCGCAUCCCAAUACAGAACUCGCCCUGGCAGUUCACCUCGAGUAGCAAUAUCAUCUAUCUGAAAACUGUAAAUGCAGAUUUCGACGCCUUUCUGUUGAAUUGGCACAUUCAGAGAACUGAUCAUCUGGUCGGCAAUGUGACGCUAACCGAAGGAUGUGGCAUGAGCUACAUAGUGGGACGCGAAGACCGGAUUCAAGUAAUGUCACCAGGGUAUCCACAUGGUUAUCGACCGAGGUUGAACUGUGAGUGGGAGUUCAAGGCACAGGACGAUGAUCGCCAUGUCGUUGCAAAACUUUAUGAUGUCAGUCUGGAGGUAUCGGACAAGUGCGCGCUAGACUAUCUGAGCAUUCAGACUUCAAGCAAUAUGGUGGAUUGGCAGGAGCAGUUGCAUGUCUGCAAUAUGAGCGCAACUUCGCUCUUAAAACGCGUCGAAGGCACACCGUAUCUAAAAAUCAAGUUCAUCUCUGACGUAUCUAUGAAUGGUACCGGCUUUAGAGCAGUUGUCGAAACCAAUUGUGGUGGCAAUAUGACUGGUAAGGUGGGCACCAUCAUGAUUCCUAAGAAGGAAAGGUUGUGGUAUCAAUAUAUGGAAGAUAGUAUCGUCUGUGAGUAUCACAUCAAUGUACGACCCGGCAGUGUCGUCGACAUAAGCAUCGAGUAUCAUUCAGAGGCUGUCAACAACACUUGCACGCACUAUGGACUCAUCUAUGAUGGUGUCGACACCGGAGCACCGAUGUUGCCGCACGGCAAGUUCUGCAACCAAUUGAAUUUUAAUAAGAAGUCAUAUCGGACGAGUGGACCACAUGCUACCAUCAAAUAUUUGAUGUUCGAAAAAUGGAAUAACCGCAUGGGAACUAGGCACGUGCAGAACAACUGGACACUAACAUAUCGAGAGUACAAUGAUUGUCAAUCUGAAAUUCGACUAACCCAUCUCUCGCCCAGCUACGUGCUUAGCACUCCCAAGUAUCCGGAUUAUCCUCCAGCAUACUCGGACUGCACGUGGUUGAUAGUGGCACCGUUGGGCGAAACCGUUUCAGCCACUUUCGUAAAUACCUUCGACUUAAGUGUACAGAAUUGCGACAAGGAGUUUGCCGAGCUCUACGAUGGUUCAACAAUGCUCUCACGUCGUCUACUCCGAACAUGCCACAAACCAGCGACAACAAGAAGCUCUGGAAAUAUGCUGCUGGUACAUUACCAGUCGGAGCUCAAUGAACCCCAUGCGGGUUUCUCGCUAAAUGUUUCGGUAAGUCAGUGCGGUGGCGAGCACACUUCUCCAAGUGGGGUGAUCAGUUCCGUAAAUUAUCCAUUACUGGGUGGCUAUCCCAAGCCGGCUGAAUGCGAGUAUACCGUCAAAACCCGGUCGGAUACACAUAUCGUUGUCAACAUUACCGAUUUGAAUGUGCCCUAUGAUGUGGCAGCAAAUGCAAAUGAUUUGGAUCGCCUUGAGUUCUCGGAUAUGGUAGAUGAACGACGUGUCUUGUUAAUACUUUAUGGGAAUCUCACAGAGAUACCCUAUUCGAUUCCCUUUUCAACAAACGAACUCGCUGUGCGAUUCGUGACAAAGAACUCUAAGCUUAAUACAUACCGAGGAUUUAGUCUACAAUAUAACAAGGUUGUUGGUGCCUGCAAACACGCUGUCAAUGCUGUUUCUGGGGAGCUACAACUAUCACGGACUUUAAUUCCUGAGAAGUGGGCGCGGUACUGCCAGUGGCGUAUUAUGGUGCCAAAGGGUCAACGCGUUCGCUUUGAAUUCCUCAACCUAGAUGAGCUGCGUUCCGUCACUCCGAUACCCCCCACUCAAUCAAAACAAUCAAUUGUCUCGUCGGAAUUGCACGUUAUGGCCUACAAUGACAUGAGCGGGUUGUCCAAAAUAGUCGAUUUUAAUUUCAAUACCUACAAUGGUAGCAGAUUUAUUGAAUCUACCGAUAAUCUUUUGAACAUCAAAAUUAUACUCCGGUCCUCCCUGCCGCGAAAGACGAUCCGUGCACGCUUUUUGUCGAUGGAAGCCUCCUCCUGCCCGCCAGACAUUGGUAGACAGGCUGCAGGCACGCUUUCCAAUGUGGAGAUGUUGCAAGUGCCCCGCUAUUACUGUCACUUGCACUUCUUGUCCGAUCCGCAGGUAACCAUCAGCUUUAAUGUCACGUACUCCAUGGUGAGGCGUGGUGGUUUGAUCAGGUUCUCCGAUCAGCUGCAAAGGGAGCUGAAAAUAUUGCGUCCAGGAGAUGCAACUUUCUCGCUGGCGACCACAUUUGGGCGCAUUGAGAUCGUUCAAAUCGAGCCGGACAUUGGGUUUAAUUUCCGGGCUACUUAUAGACGUUACGCAUGUGGCGGAAACAUUAGGAUGAUGGACGGCACCACAAUGCAGCUGCCACUGUUGAGGGAACACUUUGGCGCCCUCGAAUGUGUAUGGACGCUGAAUAAUGAUAACUUUAACCGCUUACAAGUCAAUGCCAGUAGUUUAAGCUUCGCUGAUCGCUGUGAGAAUGAAUAUGUGAGCAUCUCAGUCAAAUUCGGAGACGGUGAACUGAGUAGAUUCUGUCGCGACACGGUCGUGACCAGCAACAGCACACUACCAUUUAGAAUCGGCUACGUGGUGCGUUAUCAUGCAACUCAGUAUCAAGCAGGAAGCAGCGAGUUCCAGCUGAUUGCCAACAAAAAACUAAAAGAUUCGAGUUUGGUAUCCGGAAUUAUAGUGCUAUAUGGAGAUAGGCCAGCGCCUCUAGUGACUGUUGGUCCAUCAGAAUACAAAAACAACAAUGAGCUUAUGUGGGAGUAUCAAGCGCCGUCGGAUUUGUCGCUGCGUUUGGAGUUCCGGGAUCGGUUCUUCAUUGAGAUGGCGCCCAAUUGCAGUAAUGAUCGCGUCGAGGUGCUCGAAUAUAGAGCAGAUCUCUGGCAAACGAUAGACACACUCUGUGGACGAGAGUUGCCUGCGCCUCAGAUUACACGUUCGAAUCGUCUACGUAUUAUCUUUCGCACCAAUGACAACAUCACAGCUGAUGGCUUCACCUUCAACGUCUCCACAACCUGUGAUACGAAGCUCCAGGUGAGCAGGGAGCUGCAAACGCAUAGCGGUGGCAAUACCUAUCAAAGCAUCUCGAAUAACGACAUGCGUUGCAAUUAUGAGUUCGUCACGGACACCAAGCACCAACUGGUGGUCACCGUCAUACCCAAGGGUAAUCCGGCUUGGCUGCAGCGGGCCUGUCGUAAUUCUUACUUUGAUGCAUAUCGAACAGUAAAUGGGAAGGAGCAGCUGAUUAAUCAGACCAUGUGUCCCAGUUUCGAGGUUAGCGGAUAUGAACGUCUGCGUCUUGUUUUUACGACAUUCUCGUCCACAUUUCCCUUCGAGCUGCAGUAUCAGUUGGUUGGCUGUGGUGGCAAUUACACUGCUCCAUUCACGCUGCGUCCGCUGCUCUCUGACCUGGGCAGCACCUACAAGUCUCGCCAGGAGUGUAAGUGGCAUGUGCUGGCGCCGCCACAGCAUGCGAUCUUUCUUCGCUUCAAGUACUUUGAGGUUGAGAACCGUUGUCAGUAUGGCGAUCUGAGCAUCUAUCGUGGCAAUAGUCACAGCAAGGAGCAUCUGAUCAGUAAAUUGUGUGGUAACUUGACCAGUCCAUCCGUCAUGGUCGACAGCAAUGAGGCAUUGAUUGUGGCCACUCUACCCCGCUAUAUGGAUGAAAGUGGACGAGGCUUUGUGGCCAGCGUGCACUUUACGCCCAAUUGCAACGAACGUCUCGCGCUUAGCGAGGGCAACACUCGGUUGGAUCUGGUACGAUCCUAUCAGCUGAAUGCCAGCACUGCUGGCGAUGAAUUGCAUUGUUAUUUCCGCGUUAGUGUGCCGCUCGGUAAUCGUGUUUCCGUAUGGCUGAAGCAGCUCCAACUGAAUGAGCUAGCUUGUCCUAAAUGCAGCUCACUUGAGAUCUUGGAUGGCUUCGACGGCAACAGUGCCAGUCUGGGCAGCUAUUACUCCCAUUUGGGAAACGGCACCAAGCUCUACAGUUCCUACAAUGAAAUGGUAAUCAAACUGAGCGCCAUUGCGCCUUCAAAGAACAUCAGCUUUGAGAUACUGCUUGAAAUAGAACCGAGUUUCUGUGGCCAACUUAGCUAUACUCUAGGCAGGAAUGAGUUCAUCAAUCUUCGCUUGAGUUCGAAGAGUAUCUCCAGCACUUUCCAGGGCAAUGUUCACUGUCAGUGGCACUUCACCACUGUUCUUGACAUUCAAAUCGAUGUGCAUGACGUGCAAUUGUCGGAUAUCUCUCCACUGACCCGCAAAUGCGUCGACUAUGUGUUUAUCAAGGGCGAUUACUUUGACAGGUAUUAUUGCGGAGAAUUCAGCAAUACCACUUGGUAUCUCCCCUACAGCAGAAGUUUCAAUGUGAUCUUCCACAGUUCUGGAAGCGAUAUAAGCUAUGAACUAAACUUGACAAUAAGGCCGAAAAUAAAUUGCAACCGUACCUUUGUAUCUUUGGAUGGGAUUUUGAAUUAUAAUGGCAUGGAAAGAUCCGAGGCCAAAAAUUGCAUUAAUGAAAUUCAUGUACCAAACGGAUACGCUGUGGCCCUUGAAUUAGAUUUUGUGCACUUUUAUCAGUUUAUAGAUUCAGGCCAUCUGUUGAUUACAGACGUGGGCGCAAAUCGAACGCUCUUAAAUGCUACAAAUGACUACAAAUCGAAGCCUGCCUCCUUUUUGAGCACCUCAAACGCGAUUCGCAUUGAUUCAUCCAAUGUAGGAAGUAUAUCAAUAUUUUACCAUUCCAACGUAAACACACUGCCGGCUGGUUGUGGAGGGAAUCUAACCAGCUUGGAAGGUCAGCUUGCGUAUCCGCCAUAUGAUAAUCAUGACUUUUCUGAUUGCACGUGGUACAUUUCGGUUCCAGCCGGAAUCACACUACAAUUCUAUUUCAAAACUUUCGACAUGGGCUCAGCCACCAAUUGCGACCUCAAUAAUAUUAGUGUUUACGAAAAACUUGACGAUGAUUCCGAAACUCAACGGCGCUUUUGUGGCUCUACUAUGCCUGCAGCGUUUAAUAUGCAAAGUGAUCGCAUAAGAAUUGUGGCCAAAAAAUCACCAAAUUUCGUUGGCAGCGGAUUUCGAUUGUCUUAUAAUCAUUUCAAUGUCUAA